GACUCCUUGCUUUUACUUCGUGUAUUAACCAUGCGAUGUCUAGCAAUAAAGACAUGGUUGGCGAUAAUGAUUGUACUAUUUGGGACAAGCCUCUUCAGCAACGCCUCGGCCAGUCUCACAGACGACACCUGUAGAGGCAGAAUGGGUAAUCGUGAGAUCUACAAGAAAGUUGAUCGUGUUUGUGAAGAUUGUGUUAAUAUCUUCCGAUUACCAGGAUUGGAAGGUUUGUGUAGAGAUCGGUGCUUCUACAACGAAUGGUUUCUGCUUUGUCUGAAGGCUGCCAACAGGGAGGACGAGAUCGACAAUUUCAGAGUGUGGAUCAGUAUAUUGAACGCCUAAAAAUGAGCCCGGAAGGACCCAAUCUCUUCCACGAUCACAUGAGCCAACAUUCACAACACUCGGCGACGAAGCUCUUAGCGUUUAGUCUUGUCUGUUUUGGUUUUCUGUUAUGUUAAUGGUACUCUCAAGUGACAUUCCAGUCUGAGCCUACAAGGUCUGGCGGUCAUGCAGAGUAUAAGAAAGAUUGUCUCUCAUGUAUUUUAGUCUACAGGUAUAUUGUACGAUCAGCAUUGUUCAUGUGAUUUGACGACUUUCUCAUGUUAGGAUGAACUUAAAUAAACUUGCUGUCAAUACUUC